AUGGCUAAUUCAUCUGAACCAUCAUCCUCUUUAAGCUUUACUUCAUCAUCCCAUGUAUCAAAUGGUUCAAUAAGCCACAACUUUUCUUCCUUUGGUUCUGAAUCCGUGCCUAGUCUUGAAGUCAUCAGUUUGAGCAAGCUUAGUUCUAAUUUGGAGCAGCUCUUGGUUGAUUCUGGCUGUGAUUAUAGUGAUGCUGAUAUCAUAGUUGAGGGGAUUUCUGUUGGCGUUCACCGAUGUAUAUUGGCUUCUAGGAGUAGUUUUUUCUGCGAUCUAUUCAAGCAAAAAAAGGGGUCUUCUGGGAAGGAAAGCAGACCAAAGUACUGUAUGAGUGAUUUGCUGCCUUAUGGCGAUGUUGGAUAUGAAGCCUUCUUGGUGUUUUUGAGCUAUGUGUAUACUGGAAAGUUGAAGCCUUCUCCCAUGGAGGUGUCAACCUGUGUUCACAAUGUAUGUGCCCAUGACGCGUGUAGACCUGCUAUUAAUUUCGUCGUGGAGUUGAUGUACGCUUCUUCCAUUUUCCAAAUGCCUGAUCUGGUUUCGAUAUUCCAGCGACGCCUUCUUAAUUUUGUUGGGAAAGCUCUGGCAGACGAUGUUAUCCCAAUCCUUGUAGUUGCUUUCCAUUGUCAGUUGAGUCAGCUCAUCGCUCAGUGUAUAGAGAGAGUGGCACGAUCGGAUAUUGAUAGCAUCUCUCUUGAGAAGGGACUUCCUGAUGAGGUUAUUGAGAAAAUUAAAAUUCUUCGCCGCAAUUCUCAGCAAGACAGUGACCCAAACAUGCCAGCAGUGGACCCUUUGCAUGAAAAGAGAAUCAGGAGAAUACAUAAGGCAUUGGACUCAGAUGAUGUUGAACUUGUGAAACUUCUUUUAAAAGAGUCUGCUAUAACCUUAGAUGAAGCCAAUGCUCUCCAUUAUGCUGCGGCUUACUGCGAUCCUAAGGUUGUGACUGAAGUGCUUGGUCUGGGUCUAGCUGAUGUUAACCUCCGGAAUUCUCGGGGUUACACAGUACUUCACAUUGCUGUGAUGCGCAAAGAGCCAUCAAUUAUAGUAUUGCUUCUGACUAAAGGAGCUCGUGCAUCAGAGCUGACAUCAGAUGGUCAGAGUGCUGUUAGUAUUUGCCGGAGGUUGACAAGGCCAAAGGAUUAUCAUUCAAAAACAGAGCAGGGGCAAGAAGCAAACAAGGACCGAAUAUGCAUUGAUGUUCUAGAGAGGGAAAUGCGUAGGAAUCCAAUGGCUGGAGUUACAUCAAUAUCUUCCCAAAUAAUGCCUGAUGAUCUGCACAUGAAAUUGCUGAACCUGGAGAAUAGAGUGGCAUUUGCACGAUUGUUAUUCCCGGCUGAAGCCAAGCUAGCUAUGGUCAUUGCCCAUGCUGAGACAACCUCUGAGUUUGCUGGGCGCUCUUCAUCGAAAGGCUCAAGUGGGAAUUUGAUGGAGGUUGAUUUAAAUGAGACUCCCACUGUGCAGAACAAAAGACUCCAUUCUAGGUUGGAAGCCCUAAUGAAAACAGUCAAUUUGGGUAGAUGCUAUUUCCCUCAUUGCUCGGAAGUCCUGGAUAAGUUCAUUGAGGACGACCUUCCUGAUUUGUUCUACCUUGAGAUGGGCACCUCUGACGAGCAGAAAAUAAAGAGGAUGCGUUUCAUGGAGCUUAAGGAGGAAGUACACAAGGCCUUUAACAAGGACAAGGCUGAGUUGAACCUCUCUGGGUUGUCUUCAUCAUCCUCCACGUCGUCUCCGAAAAAACUUGGUGCAACUCAAAAAGUUAGGAAAUUGUGA